AUGUUUUAUUCGCAUACUCAUUUGGCUAGAAAGGGUCCACUAGGAACGGUUUGGUCCGCCGCUCACUUGCAAAACCGUCUCAAGAAGUCUCACUACACCGCCACCAACAUCCCCAAAACUGUUGAUCUUAUACUGUUUUCUGCGUUGAAAUUGUCAGGGCACCUUCUACUUGGUGUUGUGAGAAUAUACUCAAGCAAGCAAGUUGAUUAUGUUUUCCGUGACUGUACUACUUGGUUAGUCACUCAAGUUGACUUGCCUGAGGAUGCAAGACAGGCUCCCGUUGAGUCUGUGACUUUGCCUCAGGCACUUAACUUGGAUGACUUCGACUUGGAGGAGGAUGACACACUCCAAGGGGAGUUUGAUAAUCACCUAAGGAGUCAGCAAGAUAUCACUCUCACUGAUCAGAUUCCUACUGGCAUUGAUCCUUAUGUUGCUGUAACUUUUGAUGAGGACAUCUUUCCAGAAUCUAGCCCCAUGGAUGUUGACCAAUCUACAGAACCUGUGAGAGCGCAUCAUCCUGGUGAUACUGAUGUUGAAAUGGCUUAUGAGACAGAACCAAACAAUGAUCAAGCAGACUUCAAUAUUGGUCUAGAUACUGGAACAUAUGGCUCUCUUAACGACACAGAGGAAAUUCCUGAGUUCCAGGAUCCUAGACCAAUUAACUUGACAGAACCAAUCAAUCUCAGUCCAGGGAGAAGCAAUGCCAAUUCUCCUGGAAGUGUUCCCGAGGUUGAGAUAAGGCGUGAUGCUGUGCACGGUUUAAGCCCUGCGUCUCAUCCACCAUUUGCUGCAGAGCAACAUAACGUUGGAGUUGAAAGCACUUUAGAUGAAACUUUGAAUGGGAAGGAACCCAAUAUCCCUAAUAUUGAUGACGACCUCCAAACGAACAUGGCCUUAAACUCUGGAGGACAUUCGAACUUUGAGCUUCGCUCAGGAUCUCCAGGUUUUGCUGGUUCUGAGGAAGAACAUGAAAAUUUUGUGCAUCCAUCACCUCAGCUGGUUCUUCAGCCAACUCCUCUUCCUCCCCAACCACAAGUAAGGCCAAGGAAGAGGAAGCACUUUGAUAAGGUCACAGUAUUGACUAACAGGAUCAUGAGAGAAAGGCUUGAGGAUCCUAGUGAUACUCUUCGUAAGAGAAAGAAGAUGCCUUCUUCUAAAUUAAGUGUCUGGAGAAUGAAUAACCAGUCAAAGAAAGAGCAAAUCUUCAAUGAGCCCUUGCUUACUGGCUCCUCAGAUGUUCUACGCAGUGUCUUUGAUAAGGACUGUGUAGCUUCAAAGACAUAUCUUGCUGCUGUUUCUGAUGAAACUAUACCAGAAGCUGCACCUGUAUCAUCUCCUACUAAUCAAGACAGUACAGUUCAUCUGUCUCCAGUUCGGCAAACUGAACAUGUCCAAGACUCUGCAGGUCCUCAAUCCACGCCUGCAGAGUCUGUAGCAAGAGAAGCACAAUCUCCACCGCCAUUUAAUAAUGAUGACACUGGAAUCGAACGCUUAAGAGAUGGUGGUUACACUGAGUACAUGCCCUCGCCUCCUCCAAGAUUUUCAUCGUCUAGAACCGAUGACUUCACCACUCAGCCUGGUAUUUGGGAGACAGAAUCUUAUAGAACAUAGCCGUCUACUUCCACAUAUAGAGAGGAUCUGCCUGGAUCAACUAACUCAGGGGCUUCAGCUAUUCUUGAAAUGGUGGACGAGGAACUUUAUUUCCUAGAGGUAGGUGGCAACACCCCAGCUAGUCAAGAUUCUGGUGCUUUGACAGGGAGAACAAGAGCCUUGGGUCAGUAUCUUAAAGAACGUUCUUCAAAUACUACUCCCACUUCAAGCCAUUCUUCUGGAGAUCUAAGUUUGGGGAAGAUCUUGGCUGGAAAGACAAGGAAGUUAGCUGCUCGGAUGUUCUUUGAGACACUGGUGUUGAAGUCUAGAGGACUCAUAGAUAUGCAACAGGAUCAACCCUACGGCGAUAUCACUCUGAAGUUGAUGCCUGGCCUUUUCUCAGAAGUUCAACCAUGA